AUGAUGUUUAGAGUGCUGUCCGUCUGCCUGCUGAUGUCAGCCUGCCAGGCGAUCUUCCCGUUCCACCACCACCACCAUCACCACCACCCCGCGAUCUCCCACCAGGACUUCCAGAAGCACGAUGGCCACCACCACCCAGUUCAUCACCAUAUCCCCAUUCACCACCACAUCCCGAUUCAUCACCCAAUCCCCAUUCAUCACCCGAUCGAGCCUAUUCAUCAUCACGUGCCUAUCCACCAUGCGCCUAUUCAUCAUGAUCACUAUGCCUUCCCAGAAUACAAGUUCUCGUACUCCGUGCACGACCACCACACCGGGGACGUGAAGUCGCAACACGAGCUCCGGCACGGGGACGUGGUGAAGGGCGGCUACGAGCUGGUGGAACCCGACGGCAGGUUCAGGAAGGUGGAGUACAAGGCGGACGAUCACACCGGGUAA